GAGGAGAGAAGAGGUAACACGGAGGAAAAGCUGCAUAUAAACUGGAGGAAACCACACAAGAAAGAGGGAGGUGGGAUAAACAGAGCGAUCACAGAGGAGGGAGAAGUCAUUCAGAGCAGGGAGAAGGAGAACGCUGGUACAAUCAGACAAGGACUCAGAGAGAGGAAGGCACACGGAGAAGCCUUUCCUAAUGGAGAAAGAAGCCGGAGUGUUUGUACAAAGUGGAGAAGAAGAAGAAUAAAAAGAGGAGGAGACUGAACCUGACCAAGGGCUUGACUGAAAUAACAGAAGAGAAGGAGGAGCGUGAGGGCAAGUUGACAGAUUUGAUUUGGAGAGAGUAUUUUUAGAAAAGAGCGAAGACAUGACAGGAAUACUAAGAUAAGAGAUGCUCUCUCUAAGUAGCGGAGAAAAACUAGGGAGGAAGAGGGAGGAACGAGAGACGGAGCAAAGGCGGUGAGAGAUGUUGAGAUCAGAGUGUCACUGAGUGGAUUAGCCCUGCUCUGGUUUCCCAUAGAAAACCUCUGUGCAUGUCUGUGAAUAUGUAUGAAUGCCUUCUUUUAAAUGUGGAAGUGUGUUGUAUGUCUGCAACUGUGACUGUGGGGUUGAGAAGAUGAUCCAAAACUACUUGGUGGAUCCCUGAAGAAGCUAAUAAGACUGGCCAAAGCUGAAGAGCAUACAAAGUGAUAAUGCACAGUGGGACAGAAAACAAAUGAGCACUGAAUACCUCUAAUGAAUUAAAGCUUGUACUCAUUGCUGAAAAGAUUAAUAAUAAAGUUUGGCUGUACACCUCUGUGAGCCUAAUGAGCUUAAAAACACAAAAUCAAAACUCCAAAAAAGGGGAAAGCUGGAACAAGGCAACCUCUGCUACAGCUGACCACACCAACGAAUCUCUCACCCCUAUCUCCUAUUGUCAUCCCUUCUUACAUUUGUUUUUAUCCUCCCUGCUUAGCCUAUUGCAUUUUGUAUUCUGUUCUUUUCUUUCCCUGUCUCCUCCUCUUCAUCCUAUUCUUUCCAUUGCUCUCUCUGUCUCGACAUCUCUUGCUCACUGUCACACUAACUGCCAUGAGUGCUGGACUCACUCAUGUAGAAGACGCCUUGCUUAGAGCACAUUUGCCUCUCUGAUUUGUCUCUUCUUUCCCAGCUGACUUGAGUGAUUGGAGCAAUUCUCAGACUGAGACUAGGAAAGAGGACCAACAAGUAGUUGCUGCUGCUGAGUGACGGGACGACAAUUUUAAACCACACAACGUUAUUGUGAGGGUACAUUUCGAUGUGCAUGCGGCAUUAUUCUGGUUGUGAGUGCAUGGAUAAAUAAGGGUCAUGCGGCCAAAACCAUAUCCAUGUGUGGAUUACUGUAGUGGAUUUCUCCUGGAGCUACAUGUUGACCCCAGUCCCUGAGGCCUGGCUAGGAAAUGAAGCCUCUCCUGCAGUCGUAGGAGCGCUGUGGACAGCAAUGGCCCUGCAGAGGCACUGUCUCCAGAGGGGAUCCCCAGCCAUGAUCAGAAAGGCUCACAAGCGACUUCACACAAAGCCAACAUUGGCUCAGGUCACAUCCACUCUGUUGUCAAGGACGCGUCUACACGGCCUGCGGCAUGUUUGUGUCCCCAGAGGCUCUGUUGUCCGCCGGGCCUUCUGGCUGCUGGCCAUGUGCACCUCCCUGGGGUUGCUGUUAUCCUGGUCCUCCAACCGACUGCUUCAUUGGCUCUCCUUUCCCACGUACACACGGAUCCACACUGAAUGGGCCAAAGAACUUGCCUUUCCUGCUGUUACUAUCUGCAACAACAACCCAAUUCGCCUCUACAAACUUACAAAGAGCGACCUGUACUUCGCUGGGCACUGGCUUGGCCUGCUGCUGGCUAACCGAACAGUGAGACCUAUGGUUCUGGACUUGAUGCAGGAGGACCAUCUGGCUUGGUUCAGAAAACUCUCAGACUUCAAGCUCUUUCUGCCACCCAGAAAUUUUGAAGGAACCAACCUGGAGUUUAUGGACAGACUGAGCCACCAGCUGGAUGAAAUGCUUCUGUCAUGCAAAUACAGAGGAGAGCCCUGUGGAGCUCACAACUUCUCCUCCGUGUUCACCAGGUAUGGGAAAUGCUACAUGUUCAAUGCUGCAGAGGAGGGGAGGACACUGCGCACCACCAUGAAAGGAGGGACAGGAAACGGCUUGGAGAUAAUGCUGGACAUCCAGCAGGAUGAGUACCUGCCAGUCUGGGGAGACACAGAGGACACAGCAUUUGAGGCAGGUGUGCGGGUGCAAAUCCACAGUCAGGCAGAGCCCCCAUUUGUUCACGAACUUGGCUUUGGCGUAGCCCCUGGCUUCCAGACCUUUGUGGCUACUCAGGAGCAAAGGCUGACCUACCUGCCUCCCCCCUGGGGAGAGUGUGAGUCCAAAGCUCUGGAGUCGGGCUUCUUUCAGGUCUACAGUGUAACAGCCUGCAGGAUUGACUGUGAAACUCGCUACAUUGUGGAGAACUGCAAUUGCAGGAUGGUGCACAUGCCUGGUGAUGCAUCCUACUGCACCCCUGAGCAGUACAAAGACUGUGCUGAGCCUGCCUUGGCUAAACUGUCGGCUGUGGAGAGCAGCAGCUGCAUGUGCAGGACACCAUGCAACAUGACGCGCUACAGCAAGGAGCUAUCCAUGGUCAAAAUCCCCAGCAAGACCUCAGCGCGCUACCUGCAGAAGAAGUUCAACAAGUCAGAGAAGUAUAUAUUAGACAACAUCUUGGUGUUGGAUGUGUUCUUUGAAGCUCUGAACUACGAGACCAUCGAGCAGAAAAAAGCUUAUGAGGUGGCAGGGUUGCUGGGUGAUAUUGGAGGACAGAUGGGUUUGUUCAUCGGAGCAAGCAUCCUCACCAUCUUAGAACUUUUUGAUUAUGCUUACGAGGUGGUGAAAGACAGAUUACUGGACUUACUGAGUAGAGAGGAAGAAGAUGAGAGUCAUGCAGAGGAAGUGAGUUCCUGUGACCCGGUGGCAAACCACUCAGAAUCCAUCAGCCACACGGUGACGGUCCCCCUUCAGACAACGCUGGGCACCCUGGAGGAAAUUGCCUGUUGAAGCCCCCCCCUUCCUUCCCCUCAAAGCCAUGCAUAUACAAGAGCGAAGUAAAGUCUGCCUCCACCACGUUUUGCUACAGAUCCUUAUUGUAGCAUUCUGCAAAAACCUUUAAUGCAGGGCAGGGAGGAGGCAAGGACUCGAGCGGGAAUUGGUCUAAGGACAGUGUUGUGCUCUGCCACUGCCCUGUGUCUGAGGCACUAAUGGGGAUUAAGGAGCUGUCAGCUGUAUUUUUCAGCUUUUUCUGGCACUCUGGGCUGUUGUAAGGGAUGGG